GUCACGCACAACGCACGAAUAUCAAAAGUCAUAACAGAGCAGGAAGCUCUAUCCUCUCCCCCAAGUCGCCCACUUUUUUUUUUUUCUUUUCUCCCCAUCUCACCUCCCCAUUUUCCCCAUCUUCCCAGCAACCACCGUACAUAUCUCCACCUGCACUGUUAUUCUUGUAUCACAAAGAUUCUUCUUGUACAAAACUCACUUUCUGCUGUAUUUCUCAGCUAUCUUCCACUCUGAUUUGCCUUCGCGGCAUCUACUUCUUUACUUCAUUAGCGGUUGAUCUGAGCUGCAGCGGCCGUCCAACGGUAAACAGUCAACAUGCGUACUCGCUCGCAGCCUAUCUCUCCUGGUAGCCACCUCUCCCUUGAGAACGCUUCCGGUCCUCGUCGUACGCGAUCAACAAGAAGCGCUUCGCAAGCAAACACACAAGCUCCAGCUCCUCAAGCCGCUCCUCAAGCUGCUCCUCAGCCUGCUACUCGAUCGAAGAGCCAGCGUACAACCAGGAAAACGACGACUUCUACUGCUACCACAGCUACAAAAAAGACCACUAAGACAGAAACACAAAAAGCGCCCAAAAGAGCGACGCGAAAAUCGACGCGAAAGGCAGAUAAGCAGACGUCUGGCGACGAAGAACAGGACUCGGCCGACGCCGCAGAGCGAGAACCCACAGAAACCCCUUCGAUAGAGAACAAGGAAACCGAGAAUGAAGACACCAAAUCCCCUGAACCCGAAUCACAAGUAGUUGAUACUGCUCUCUCUGAACCGAAGAGUACUGAUUUAAACAGAAAACGCGGGAGAAGCAGCCCUAGCGACGAAGAGCAGCCCGGCCCCGAAACCCCCACCAACAAGCGUCGGAACUUGGGCCCCCCCGGCAGUACGCCCUUCGCCCGUCGCCUCACUCCUUUGUCUCGUCGAUUGUCAACAAACGCAGCACCUUACUCCGAAAGACUUCGUCGGCGAGCAGUCGAAAGACAAGGCCGGAUUCACCGGACCGUGUUCCGCCUUCCUCAGCUUAUCGCUCAGACAGAGGCAGACCGUCAAGCUUCAGAGACACCCCCGUUGAGCCCAUGCCCCGAGUUUCCGCACACAAGCUUUGACUUCAGAGCGGAGCGCACUGAACAGGAAAACCAGCCAUCCACAGAUGAGUCCGAAUCUCAACAACCCUCUACGCCAGAAACACCUCAGCAGAGAGGUUGGAACAUUCGUGGACUGCUCAAUUCUGUGCCCCGUUCAUUCUCACGGUUGAUACCGACCUUCGGCCGAUCUUCUCGGUCGUCUGAAGCAUCAGCCGUUCCGCAACCAUCCUCUGAGCGUGUUGCUCGCACAGCACCUCCUCAAUCCGACUCUACUACUAGUGGAAGUGGCGUGAGAUCUCACCGUCGUCGAAGUGAUCAGCCAUCUGGCAAAGUCGACCUGUCCUACUCUCUAUUCCCCGCUCGCAUUGACAGGAACUUGUAUCUUCCACCACCUCAAGAGCCUGAAGCACCUCGUAGCCGUCCACUCGAUUCGGAAAAGCCUAGCGCCUCACAAGAGGCCCAACCGAAACUUCAACAUGCAGUAACAUCUGAUACUCUCGAAACGGCCGAUAAGGGCGAUGAGGUUUCAUCUCAAACGCCCAGCGACGCGCAGAAGAAGCGAAAGAGAUCGUCGUCUCCCGAUGUCAUCCCGAACCCGGCUGGCUCUAGUUACGGAUUGGAUCUGGACUAUUUCUGCUACAGCUCUGACAGCGAAGAGGAAACCGAAACUGAAGCUCAAGAGUCUGAGUCCUUUAUGAAAUCUAGUACGCUAGCCAAAUCUGCAGUCCGCAGUGCUCUCCGAUCAGAGCGACCAUCGAAGAAAGUUCGCUUUGACUCGAGCCCGGAAGAUACUCCCUCUAAGCGUCGUUUCCUUGCCCGCGCAACCGACCCUUACAACGGCCGACACUUCAUUGGAAUGGGCGAUGCUGCGCGCAGCUCGGAGGCAACGACCUCAGCUUCCACUACCACAGGGCCAGCGACACCAACACCCCCUACUCGUGUUUCUCAGCCGCCGCAGCGGUCUCCAGGUUUCACACCUAAUAAGCAAGGCACAUUCGCACUUGAUUACGAUGAUUUCUCAGAUGACUCCGAAUCGAACGUUCCGCCAUCUCCUGCGAGCGCUCUUUCUCCUAGUACCGCACCUGAGCAACGAACUCCUGCACGUGCUGAGACUCAGGAAAGUGUCCAAUCGCCACGCCCAACCCCUCGCCAGGCACCACUUCCCUCUACACCUGCAAAGGUCGACAAAGAGGCCCUUGCCAAAGUCCGCUCCCAGGCAGAGAAGUACAAGCCGAAAACUCCCAGUGGUCUUCGUACUACAAGCCGAUAUUCGAGUCCCAUGGUCGCUGCUCCCGACGCUGUGACCGAAAAGGAGCCGGUCGAAAAAUUCGGAGAAGAUCAAUUUGCCCAGGAUGCCCAGUGGCUUUACGACAACUGUCCGUCUGGAGAUCUUCGACAACUCGCGUGGCCAGCUAAGCAGAGUCUGAAGGAGAGCCUUGGAGUAAGCACUGAAGCUGUGCGAAUCUUGGAUGACAUCUGGGAUGACUCUGAAGUGGACGGAGCUUACAACGUUUUCCGUCAAAGCCUGGAGGAAUUUGGACAGACUCUGGCGUAGGCUGGUCCUAUCUGUUCCAAUGUUCGUUUUGGUGUUGUGUAAUUCGUGGUUGUGUUUCCUUCGUAUUCCUAUAGGGAUGCAUUUAUCUUCUUUUACUGCCGAAGUCCAUUUGUUUGGCCCUCCCAUUGAUGGUGAUGGGCCCAGAAAGUGAUCGGCGGCUUUAUUUCGGAUAUCGGGCAUGUUUUACUUUUCUUUCAGCACAUCCCCUGUUGCGGCCUCCUUCAACCCUGUGUAUGAAGGCCCUUCUCGGGUCGAUGUGUCUACGAAGCAUUUUAUGAUGUCGGGUUUGUGUUUGUUUUUGAGCUGGGAGUUUUGAUAUCCCCCUUUUAUUCUU